AUGAACGUCCUCCAGAAGUUCAUCGAUGAAACUUUCGAAAUAAUGGUGAGCUAUUACUUUAUUUAAUAAAGCCUUUUUUUCUUUUUCCAGACCGGACUCGGAGAAAUGAAAGUGGCCGAGGCAAUCUUUCUCAGCUCCGUAGACAACGCUUCUCAGACGGUUUGUUGAAAAGAAGUCAAAAAUACAUUGCAAUUUCAUGUUUCAGAUAGCAAAUUCUUCCCACAGGAACGACGGGAAACUGCUUCGCGAGGUGCUUUCCCAAGCGUACAAGGGCCAAAACAUCAUCAAAAUGUGCGCUCAUUUGCCGAAAGAAAGCAACGCGGAGGUGUGUCUAAAAGUGUCUAAAAAUAAUCAAACAGUGUAAAAUGUGUCUGAUUUUCAGAAGAAUGCCUACGAGCUCAGCCUGAUUGCCCACAAAAUCGACAGCCUCACUUGCUGCCUUCCGCCCGUCAGCAACAACUAA